CGUAUUUUAUAAUUAGAUAAACUAAAAUGUAUGGUUAUAAGGACUUCUUUUGAUACUUUAAAAGGUAAUCUUCUACGAUCUAUAAUGUUUCCUUUAAAACCAGGCUACUUUUCAUUUCAAAAGUAGUCCAUGAAGUUUAUUAUAUUACUAGGGAUUAAUACAUUGAUAGCUUUUUUAAUCACUAUUCCCAAAUUCUUAGAUCUAUUGGCUUAAAAUGCUAUUAAAUCGGAAGAUAUAGUCGGUAGAAUUUUGGAUUUAAUCACAAUUUCAGUUCCACCCGCUUUGCCUACUUGUUUGGCCUUUGGAGUGUCUUUUUCGAUAUAUAGGUUAAAGAAAUGGGAUAUUUAUUGCAUAAAUCCUCCUAAAAUUAAUGCUUGUGGGAAGGUCAAGACUGUGUGUUUUGACAAAACUGGAACUUUAACCGAAGAUGGACUUUCUUUUAAAAGAAUGGUCUUUUUCGAAAAUUACGCGAUGGAAUUUAAAGAGGUCGAUGCCUUAAAUUUAUUUGAGUUAAGAACUCAAAUUUAACGAAUAAUAGCGGCUUCUUGCCAUACUAUUGAGAAAUUUAACAACGAAUUGAUUGGGGACCCUUUGGAUAUUGAAAUGUUUAAGUUCUCAGGCUUCUAGAUAUAAGAAAGUGGGUAACAUGGGCAACUUUUAGUAGAAAAUGGAGGAGAUGGAUUAAAAAUUAAAAUUUUUAAACGUUUUUAAUUUCUCGCAGAAUUAUAAAAAUCUAGUGUAUUAGUUGAUUUUUAAGGCAAAAAAUACGCCUUUACGAAAGGUUCUCCAGAAAAAAUCUUCCUUUAAUGCCUAAACAACUAUAUACCCCAAAAAUUUAAUGAAAUAUUAGAUUUAUACACACUUUCAGGCUAUAGAGUAAUCGCGUUUUCCUAUAAGGAACUCGAAAAUAACUACUGA